CACCUCACUACAGCACCACACAGCUCUCCUCCGAGAUCAUCCAGCAGCAGCGAUGGCGUUCAACCCUACCCCUCCAGGACUUGGCUUCCCCUACCUCCCUCCGAACCCUUACCUUCCAAGACCACCACAGCAGCCCUUCCCGCCACCGCGACGCGCUCCACCACCGCCCACCCUACCACAACCGCCUCCUCCGCGCCGUGCUCCCCCACCACCGGCUCUGGCACCGCCACCACCCACAAUGCCGCCACCGCCACCGCGCCGCGCUCCCCCGCCUCCCACUCAGCCACCGCCGCCACCACGCCGCGCUCCUCCACCUCCCACUCAGCCACCGCCGCCACCACGCCGCGCCCCUCCACCUCCCACUCAGCCACCGCCGCCACCACGCCGCGCUCCUCCACCACCACCGUCACCACCCAUCCGCCCACCACCACCACCAACUCCUCGGCCUCAAGCGCCACCACCGCCUCACCUGCCCAUGCCGCCUCCGCCGGCGCCCGUGCCGCCUCCACCUAGCCCCCCGCACCACAUCGUCAUCAUCGUGGUGUUCGUCUCCCUGGGCGGCCUGCUGCUGCUGGCAUGCCUGGCUGCCGCGCUCCUCUGCUGGCACAAGAAGAAGAAGAGGAGGGGGAGGAAGGCAGAGGAGGAGGAGGCCAAGGCCGAGGUGCUCAACUUCAGCGACCACGUCCACGUCCACAAGCAGACCGUGCCCGGGCCGGCCGGGGGCGCGAGCGCCGUCAGGCUGACGGUGGACGAGGACGUCAGGUUCCAGGAGGCGGUCAGGAAGCAGGACGCCAUCGGCGAGUCCUCGAGCACCGCCCCUUGGACCUGGCACAAGAAACACCAGAGCGGAGAGGAGAGGAAGACGGAGGUCAUCAACGUCACCAAGCACAAGCACGUCGACGAGAUGAUCGUGCCUGGGCCACAUGGCGAAAGGGUUGAGGUCCUUUCGGAGGAUGAGGACAUCAGGUUUGAAGAGGCCGGCGAGAGCCAGGAAGAGUAUGACAAAUCCAAGGCGCGCAUAACAAAGUCCUGAGAUGCAUGAUGAUGCCUACUGCACCCAAGGCCCUUCAACUUGAGGCCAAUACCAUACCCAUACACACACACAUAUACAUACUACCCUCCCAUUCGUUUUCGGUAUUUUGAUAAGAUUCUAUGUUCUUUCAUGUAAAUGAAAUAAGGGCGUCAUGUCCCCAUCUGAUUGAUUUCAAUGUGUAAUUUGUAUGCCAGCAUUUGUAUAUGAGCAGCUCGUGUGAAACAACUUCCUC